ACUCUAGUCUCUAUUGUCGUAGGACUCGUAGGUUAUAGUGGAUAGUAUACGUACGACAGACAAAGAUGCAUUGAAAUGUUUAUGUAAAAACCACAACAAAAAAUGAAUCAAUAAAAGUAUAUGUGGAGGAUAAAUGUUACAAAAAAAUCCGAGAAAAUUCAUCAACUUUUAUUAAUAUCUUUUGAAUGGUGAAGAGUUGGUUCAUGUCAUUGAGUGGAAUUUGUCUCAAGGAUAAAUCAAAACUUCUACGAUGAGAAUUAGGUUAAUUCAUUGCUUGCAACGGUUUUUGUUGUGACAACUCACAGAUUUACAUUUCAACGGACGUCACUACGGACAUCUUUGUAAUAGUAUUUAUUUUUUUACUUUAAAAAAUUACUUUUAUUAGCAAACCAUAUAUCAUAUAAAUCAAACUCUCAAAUUUCCAAAAACUAGUAAAUACAAAGACGUUCCAAAUUAUUAAAACGAUUUUAUGUAAAUGAAUUGUGAAACGGCAUCGAUGCAUUCAUAAAGCAUACCCAAUAGGUUGCAUUAAAAGAGUGCAAUAAAUUAUUAGGCUAAUAAAUUCCAUUCGUUAAACAUAAAAUUUUUUUCAUGAACUUAAAAUAUUCGAAUACUGAAGGAAUAUUUUUUAGAUUACUAAAAAACUUUCAUCAUGUUGAAGUCAUUUUUGUUCUCUCAAGUUUAUAUUCAGGUGGUUUGAACAUCGAAAUAAAACGAUGUGUGUUGGAAGAAAUAUUCAGAGGCAUCGGUCAAAUAAGACAGCAGACACAAAGCCGAGAGAUGUUGUGAUGGCCGAUAGACGUCGGCUUCCGAGCUCGGAGCCAUCAAAAACUACAUUAUUCCCAUCUUCACCACCACCAAAAAAGUCAAAAUUAUCUGAAACUAAUGAAGAUAUUGGAUUAGAGAUAGAAGAGGCUGAAAUAAGUCUUGAAACAAGCGAAAUAUUAUCUAGGAGUAGUUCUUUAGAACAAGUUGAGAACCAGAAAGAAAGUCUAGUGGUUGAUAAUCCAACUGCUGGUCCUUCAAAGAGCAAAAAAGACUCACAAGAUACAGAGAACUCUACAAAAUUUCUUGGGCGGCAAAUAAUGGGAAAGAAAACUGAUAGUUCGUUGGUUGGUGAGCAUGCCCAUUAUCAAGAACUAUCUUUAAUUGGUGAUGGAGCUUAUGGAACGGUUUACAAAGCCAAAGAUUUGUCUAGUGGUCAAGUUGUCGCAUUAAAAAAAGUUCGAGUUCCUCUAACAGAAGAUGGGCUUCCUACAUCAACUUUAAGAGAGAUUGCAGGAUUAAAACAAUUAGAAAGAUUCGAGCAUCCAAAUAUUGUAAAACUCUUAGAUGUUUGUCAAGGAAAUUAUCUUCAGCUUCCAAGCAGUGCCAAGCAAACUGAAAUAUUAAAUCGUGGUUUAACUUUAUGGUUAGUUUUUGAACAUGUCGAUCAAGAUUUGGCGUCUUUUAUUUCGGUAUGUCCACCUGGGGGAUUAUCAUCCCAAUUAAUUAAGCAAAUGUCCAAAGAGAUUCUUUUAGGUGUUGAUUUCUUACACAGUCAUCGCAUUAUUCAUCGAGAUUUAAAGCCGCAAAAUCUCCUAGUGACUCGAGAAGGUAAAAUAAAAAUAGCAGACUUUGGAUUAGCAAAAACGUACGACUUUGAAAUGAGAUUAACAUCUGUAGUUGUAACACUUUGGUAUCGUGCACCAGAAGUACUUUUAGGAUGUCCUUAUGCAACUCCUGUUGAUAUUUGGUCUGUUGGUUGCAUUCUUGCUGAGUUGAAUAGACUUGCACCGUUGUUUCCUGGCACCAGUGAAGGCGAUGAGUUAGAUAGAAUUUUUCAAGUACUUGGAACUCCAAGUCAAGAAGAAUGGCCAAAAAAUGUAUCCCUUAGUUGGACAGCAUUUCCACAAAGAUAUCCUAUGCCGUUAAAAAACAUAAUACCUCAAAUAAAUAGUGAUGGUUUAGAAUUAAUCGCUAAUAUGUUGACAUUUAAUCCUCAUGUACGUUUAACAGCAGCUCAAGCUCUUCAACACAGGUAUUUUACUGAUUCUUCAUCUUAAAAAGUAUUCUGUUCUUGUCAGUUUUUUUUUUUUUAUUUAAUUUAAUAAUGUAGUUAAGAUGCUAAGAAUCAUUACGCUAUAACUGAUUUUUUAAAUAUUUGUAACUGUAAAAAAACAAAAUAACUUAAGUCAUAUUAUACAAGUUCACUGUGUGAAGACAUAAGUAUGUAAGUGACUCCGAUCGAUUGGUUUUAUAUGUAUUAAUUAUUUAUAUCAAUGUAUAUCAUGAUUGAUGUCUAUUCAAUGUAUUAUUUUAAGUUUAAUUUACGUACUAUUAUAGGUAAUCUUUAAUAUUAAUUUUUAUUGUGUACAAGGUACAAUUUCGUAAGACUGGGAUCAUAUUGAUCUGCACUAAUUAUCAAAAAUAGCAAAGCUGAUGUUAAAACCAGAUUUCAUAUUAAUAUUUUUUAUAUCGAAUUCAUAUCAGUACUAGUAUUUAAUUGGAAAUCAUAGUGCUUUAAUAAUAAGUCAUAAAUUAAUUUUUUAUAUACUUAUUAAAUUUAUGUAUUAUACGCGUCUUUAUUUAUAUUUUGUUUAUGUAUUAUCAUUAUUUAUAACAAAAAAUUCAAAGUAAUUCUGUACUAAAAUUGUUUCAUUCUGAACUACAAUAU